AUCGUGAUAAAGUUUUGUUGCAUGAGUGGAAGUCGAAUUUGGUUCCCCUCCUUUGAAUGCUUGAACUUUUGAAAACACGAACAUUAUAUUGAAUGAAGUUUGCUGAGAAACUAAAUGCUCAUCUUACUCCCGAAUGGAGGACUCAAUACAUAGAUUACGAUGAACUAAAGGAACACCUGUACAGAUAUGUGCAAGUUCUUGAAUCCCUACCGUUCCUUUCCGUUCAAGAAAGCAACGCUUAUUUGGAUGAAUGUGAUGAAGAGUUUUUUAGACUGUGUCACAAUGCUUUGAGGAAAAUAGAAGUGUUUUUUUCUGAGAAAAUCGCUGAGGCAAAUCGAAAGUACACUACAUUAGUAGAUGAACUUGAAAACUAUAUAGAGUCUACUCACCACCACAAGUCUUCUGUUUGGAUUGGUGGUUCCAGGGGUUCUCUUUCCCGAAAACUUACGGAAUCCUUCGUUAAGGAAACUGAAAAAUACAAAACAUCAGUUCGGGAGAAUGGUUCUGUUAUCUUGCCUGUUCAGAGCAAACUCAGUAAAAUACAGUUGGAAGAAAAUUCGGAUUUACGCCGUCGGCAAAGUCGAUCAAAAUCUUCUGAGAAUUCAAAGUAUGAUACUUCGAGGUUGAGCAAGAAAAAGAAAACUUUUCGGAAGUUACAUGAUUUGAAGCUUGCCUUCAGCGAAUUUUAUCUGAGUCUUGUGCUGCUUCAAAAUUAUCAGUCAUUAAACUUCACAGGAUUCAGAAAGAUCUUGAAAAAGCAUGACAAGCUUCUUCGUCGAAACACCGGAUUGAUUUGGCGGCAACAGGUAGUUGAGUGUGCUCAUUUCAACACUAGCAGGGAGGUCGACGACCUCAUUACUGAAGUUGAAAAUAUAUUUACAGAGAAGUUAGAACAAGGAGACAGACAAAAGGCAAUGAAACGUCUACGAGUACCUCCACUCUCUGAAACGUAUAAUCCUCAUAGUUUAUUUCUAUUUGGCUUAUGCGUUGGAAUUUUUCUGGCUCAGUUUGUUGUUAUCGUGUUAACUUGUAUAUUUUUACGUCCAUUACCUCAGCAUUAUCUUCCUGCAAUACGGUUGUUUCGCGGGACAUUCCUUCUCAUUUUCUUUCUUUGUUUAUUUGGCGUAAAUACUUAUGGAUGGCGUUCAUCUGGUGUAAAUAAUGUAUUGAUUUUUGAACUUGACCCAAGAACACACUUAGAUCACUUUCAAUUAUUACAGAUUUCAUUUUUCUUGGCUGUGAUAUGGGGUUGCUCAUUGAUCUAUUUCUUAUUCAGUGAAGUGAUGCAAUCACCUGCGUAUGCAUCCCCACUUGCCCUUGUUUCAAUAAUGGCGCUUUUCCUUUUCAAUCCUUUCAAUUUCGCCCAUUCAAGAGCACGUCGAUGGCUAUUAAAUAUAUUGGGACGGAUUUUCAGAGCCCCUUUUGCUCCAGUGUCUUUCGCAGAUUUCUGGCUUGCAGACCAGUUAAAUAGUCUGAGUUUUAUAUUUUCAGAUAUUGCAUAUUUCAUUUGCUUUUAUUCAUCUCAAAUUGACUGGGCUAAUGGUAUGAAUUAUAUACCCCCAGAAUCAUCAUUAUCUUCAUCAUCCUCACUAGUCUUAGAACGUAGUAAUGGAUAUUCUAAUUCUUCAACCUCAACACUUCCUACUUGUGCCUUCCAUUCCAAUGAAGUUAUCUCUCAGAGUUGUCGGUGUGAAGGUUUGUUAUUUGGUUUGGAUCCUAUUUUGAGGAUAUUACCAGCUUGGUUUCGAUUUGCUCAGUGUUUAAGACGUUACCGGGAUAUGGAAGUAAAAGCCGCCAAUCCUCACCUACUGAAUGCUGGCAAAUAUUCUGCAACAUUUCUGGUAGCUUUCUGUGGUGUCUGGUUGACAUUGGAUCGAACAGGAACUAUGCCAUUGAUAGCAUAUGUUAUAUCCUGUUUUAUUCGAUCUGGUUACACUUAUACAUGGGAUAUUUUAAUGGAUUGGGGUUUGUUAGACUGUCGAUCAGAGAAUAAAUUAUUGCGUGAUGAACUAGUCUACAGAUAUAAGGCUUAUUAUUUCUUCGCAAUUGUUGAAGAUUUUGUAUUUCGCUUAACAUGGAUUAUUCGCUUAAGUUUUCUACGUAUUGGAUUUGAAAGGAUGGAGAUUAUUAACACAACAGUAUUAACAAUUGAAGUUAUUCGACGUUUUAUUUGGAAUUUCUUUCGAUUGGAGAAUGAACACUUGAACAACUGUGGUCAAUUCAGAGCAGUUCGUGAUAUAUUUAUCACACCUUUACCUAAAAGGCCACAUCGAACAUCGUCAUUGACAACAUUUGAAAAUCCUAAUUCACAUAAUUCAAAGUUUAUUCAUUCAAAUUAUAAUUCAAAAAACACAGGUAAACUGUUAGUAUAUUCUCCGGAUAUUGGACGAAGAAGUAUGCCAGAUUUCUCACAAAAUAGAUCUUUUGAACAAUCGUCCCACAAAUCUAGUCAUUUUUUAGCAAGUGAUUCAUCGAGAACUAAAGGGGAAACUGAGAAUGAAAUGCUUACAUCUACAUCCAAAAACUCUUGGGGAAAUAAUAAGUUAUCUUUAGAGCUAUUACAAGAUGAAAUAUAUAAAAAUCCCUUACAUCGUUUGUGGAAGAAUUUGAAAUCAUUAGGGAAAAGUUCAUCUCAUUUAAAAUCUCAUGGCAUUGAAAUGUCACCUAGUGAAACUGCAAAUAAUUCCAUUCAUAAUCAGCCUACAUUCACUUUAUUUAUUGAUGAUCAUGAUGCUGUUCAAACUACACCUCAUCCAUCGUCAUCAAAAAUGUCACCUGAUAUAAUACCAGUUCAGGCUAACUACUCCCUUGAUAGUGCUUCAAAAUCUCAUGGUUUUAUACGAGAAAAGCGAGUACAUAUAUUAGGUCGGCAAACAGAAAACGAACAAGGAGAACCCUAUGAAAAAUGUAGACUUGAGACAUGUGAGGUGAAAAUAAAUGAUUAUUUGUCGCCUUCAUUAGUACAGUCACAAAAGGGACCAAAUCUUUAUGAACCAUCUGUAAAUCAACAUGUUGUAUUCAGAGACCCUAGUCAUAGAAAGCCAAGUGAUGAGUGUAAGCCUAUAAACGAUCUAAAUUCCAGCUCCAAUUUACAUUGUCCAGAAUUCAUGGAUAAUUUGUCAACUACUGAUGCUCUACAUCAUUCAAACAAAUCGGUUACAUUUGUAAGCCAAGAUUCGACAGAAUUUGAUGAAUUACGCAAGGGAUUUUCAAAUUCAAAUCAUCGGACAAAUAAAAACUAUCCAGUGGAGAUUGUUCUAUCACAUGGAAGCACAACUUCACUUGGUGAUGAAUUGGAACUUACCAUUCCCAUUGCUACUAUUUCCGAUUGUGACUCGGCUAAAACUUCACCAGCCCUACAGACAGUAGAUGAAUAAAUAACAGAGAAAAUAAUAAGGAGUUAUAUCAUCAAUACCAGUGCCAAAAUUUUCAGGUUAGUUUGAAGCUUUUCAUACGUAUAAUUCUUCAUGUUUACUGCAUCGCACAUUUCGUACAAUGUAUUUGUUAACUCACUUACCUAAGAUGAGAUUAUUCAGUUUUAAUCUAACUGACAUCAGGAACAUUCAAGGUAUUCUGUUGCGUUUUGUCUCCACUGUCUGCGAAAUAAUCGAUUUGUCGCUUAAAGGUUGAAUUGCAUACUGGUUACUUAACUUUACAACUUGAUACUGUUUUAAGGUAAUCUGUCUCAUUCGUUGUAGCGUAUAGCAAUCUGUCUAUCACGUUUUGAGCGGAAGACUAAACUGACUAGAAUAUAUCUGCGUUGUAUUUUCUUGCCGAAAGCUUAUCUUAAUCUUUUCAUUUGAGAACAAAUCUGUUUAGCAGACUUUAGGUGAAGUAUGUUUACUAUCUGACUUAUUACAACCAAAUCGCAUAAGUAUUCGUUUUUAGAUACUGAAAUCUAAUUUCGUACUAGACAAGCAGACUUAGUAGUAGUAGUAAAAUGUAGAAAACAAAUAGCACACUGUAGUUAUUGUGGACUUUGAUAAUACACCGUAAUAGAUUUGUCAUAUGUCACUCUUUUAUCAAUUUUUUCUUUAGUUAAACAAUAUUAAGAUGAUAAUGAUGGUUAGUGGCUAGCAGUGGAAUCCAGAACGGGCGUUUCAUCCUAUUUGAGACUCGCCAGCUGAAGGUACCUGCUUCUUAGUGAGCGAUCUUGUCCUUACUAGUAUUCGAACCCGUGGCUGGUCGUUUCUCUAGGUCAUUGGGUCACGGUAGCUACCUCUUAAGUGACAAGUGUAGUUUUUAUGUUGCAGUAUGUAACAAAGCGAUAGUUAAAAGAAUGUUAGCUUUUAUUUCAUAGAUUGGUGCAUAUAAAUUCAAAGCCAGUCUAUCAUUAGCAAACUUGAUUAAUGAACUUUCUUACAUAUUACAGCCUGUUGGUAAUACAUAUCACCAACGUUUACAGUUCUACAUUCUAACUUCCGUAUAUGUGGAUAAAUACGUGGCGUUUUGGUGCCGGAUUGUCUCCUUGCCGAGUGCAGGUUUAAUUUCUGUCCCAAAUAGUAGUGCAGACGAAGAAAUGCGUGGUUGAUCUCGUUCGCUCAGUUAUUUUGAAACAUUGAGCAUGGGUUUCCUCAAGGCUGUCGAUAUGCUACAGUGAUGACGGUUAGGUUUAAAGCAUCCUAUCUACUAAUGAAUUGACUCAUUAUCACGAUCACUAGCAACCCUAUCUGCAUUAUCCUCUGUUCCCAAUAUUACUCCUUAAGCAGUCUGACUAACUCGUUUCUCUGUGGUACUAUUUCCAGUCUCUGAGUCGUGUAAGGCUAACCUCAGUUUACAUCUUUCAACACACAAACUCCUCGUCAAAUGUAACUUUAGACCUAAAUUGCUGUCACUGAGCUUUCUCACUGCAAUGACCGGUUGAAGCUACUGCAAAACGUUUUUCUACUGAAGUCCUUUAGAUACUGUAAUCUAUAGCUAUCCUAGAAAGUAAACAGUCGUGAAAUUUGACGUCAAAACCUGUCCAUUUUGCUCCAAUCUUUAACUGUUUAUCCUAAACAGUAAGUUGUUCACUAAAAGGAGAAAACUAGGAAGCACAAAGUAUUUCAGCGAAGAGAAUUUUCUUUAGCCGUAAAAACGUAUUUAUCGCAAUAACGAACAAACAAAUAAGUCUAUUAUCGGCUAGUAGAUUGACAUUAGGUCAUCAAAACGGAAUGUCCUAGGGUGAAAUAGUAAGUCGUUUCUAGAGUUAGAAGAAUAAUGCGUAAUCAUCAUAGUAUAUAUAAGGAAAAUCUGUAGCCGAACAUGAUGAUGACCACUUGGUCGAAAAAUUAUUAUAAUUAUAACCAAUAAUUGGAGUAUAGCGUUCUAAGGAUCUUAACAGGAAAUUGGUACUAAUAUGUAUAGAUAUAGGAAAGUAAACCAUAAAGUAAAUAUUAAAAAAAUCAUGACGGUCAGUCAGUAAAAGUAAGGUAAAUAUUGAAACAGUUAAAAAACGUAACGAAGGAUUAUGAAAAUGAGAGUAUCACCUCUGUACGCAAAGCUCAGGCUUUACUUGUUGGAUUGCCAGUGGCUCUGCUAUACACAAGAGAUAAAUAUACACUACCUUUACACCAUCCAGUUUGAAUUUAUGUAGGAUUUUUUUAAAAAGACUGUAGGCAAGCGACAUGACUAGAACUGACUAGGUGGUCUAAGAUGUAACUGUUGCUUUGCUUGUGUUCUCCUCUGGGCAGCCAAGCAGCAUAGUUUUCGGAGAUGCAUUUGUGAAGACUGCGGUUUUUUGGCCUACAUAAAUAUCAGGUAAACUGAUAGAAAUACGUAAAUGUUGUCAACAGUGGCAGUUUUUCCUUCACACCUCAUUGCAUCAACUGUCAGCUGCGGGGGGAGGGGAGAGGAAUGAUUCAUCAGUAGUUCUGCUGCGUUGUCCCGUUUGGACUCAAUAUUGAUGAAUAAGAUCUUCUUAGGGAUAGUAAGAACCCUCUCUAGUUGCUGUUUUGGCUUCACAUCUUUUGCGAUGAAUCUUGGGGGAUAGUCUUUCCGAAAAAAUAUUCCAGCUGUUCAUCUGUUGUGUUAUUUAUGUGAAUUCUUCUAGUUCUCGUGCAGGGUUCCUCUAGUGGCUCAGUGGUUCUUUGUAAAGGAAUGUAUUGUCCAUUCCAAGUUGGUUUCCUACAGACCGAUCGUUUUAAGGGAACCAUCAGGUCUUCACUUCAACGAAAUAUCAAGAAAGUGAAUUCUGAGUUAUUCUCAACUUCCACUGUGAAAUCGAUCAAGGGAUGACCCUGAGUGAAUUUAAGAAGAGUGGUACCAAGAUCAAGUUUCUCACUUCACAUGAUGAGGUUAUCAUCCAUUUGUCUUCUAUAUAGAUGGGACUGAUCAGUGUGUAAUCGUAGUGCCGUGUCUUCCAAAUUACCCAUAAAGCAAUAUUCUAGAAAAGAGCCCAUGGAUGACCCAAUAGCUACUCCAUCCUUUUACCGAUAAAAUUCUCUGCUGAACUUGAACGUUACAUUAAAAGUGGAUCGUAGAAAUAAUUUCUUUAGGCAUUGAAUUACAACACUGACUUCUAGAUCAUAAGUUUCGAUUUAGUCACACAGGAAACAAAUAGUUUCUGCAAAUAGAACAUUCGUGACGAGUGAAGGGUUGUCGGAAGAGAACAUACGUUUUUCAGAUACUCUGAGGUUAUUUUUUAUGUCGACAAAAUCAAAUGAAGUAUAUCUAUUAAUCCAACGUCUCACUAUUUGAAGAAUUUCACUCAGCCCCUUAGCAAUUACAUGUUAUCAGGAAUUAUUCAUAUUCAAAUUUGAACAGAGAGAAGCAUCUUUCUUGUAUACUUCCAACAGGUCAUAGAGUCGUGGGAUCAAAAAGUCUGAGAGUUUCAAAUGUUCGAACAGAUCGCUGCUAAAAAUUAAUCCUUUUAAGGAUUUUGAUCAACUUCUGCUCAGUUUGUUUACUUGUGUCUUCAUAAACAUUUUGUUUUGAAAAUUCAAUAUAAUCUGAUAGUAUUAAAGACAACCUCGUAAAAUAAGCAUGAUGGCCAGUGAAGACGAUACCGGAACCCCUAUAGAGACAGACCAACAACUUUUUGUUUGUGAGGAGGCCUCUUAGUUGGGAUCUGUGUUCCUUUGAUAACAAUCUAGCAUUCCGUUUCAUAAUAAUAUACUGCGUGACAAGAGUUGAAAAUAUUUGACUUCAGUUGUUCUAAAUACUUGUCAGUAACUGGAAGAAGAUCGUUUGUUUGACUAAUUAGACCUCCAAAUUGGAUUUUGGUGUCAAGCCCAUUAGCAAACAACGAAAUAUCUCGGAAUUUCGCCUAGUGAUAGUGCUUUCGUUUGAAUAGUAGAUAGGGAAAUACUGAAGUAGUUUUACAGCUAUUUUCCUCGCUUUUCUGAAAAACUUGAGUGGGAAUCAACUAAUGAAAAUUUUCUUCAUUGAAGUCUCUGAAAGCCAGUAUUCUUGAAAGACCAUAUAACCGACCUAAAUUAAAUGUUCCCUUCCUCCGCAGUUAUUCAGCUUUUAUCUAUUUUCACCUUCAGUCAGACUAAGCGGAAAACAGCUUCAGUCCGGCUGACAGCUGCUAUGUAAACUGUUCGAGCUCAAUAGCAAAGUAAAACAUCUAAAUAUCCUAUUUUUAGAUCUCAUGUCCAAAGUACUCUUGCAUCUAUUAACCUAUUGAAUUAUGUUAAAUGCUUUACCUAACAAGACUUGAACAAUAAUUACUCAGAUUUUAUGCACAUAUUUCUCGUUAUCAACUUAAAAAUGCAAGAUCAAACACUAGGGAAAAAUAAUAUUGAUCCAUUUUAUUAUUCUGAUGGUUCUUGUUGGUUAUUUACAACCUAGAAUAUUUACAACAAUAAAUUAUAACCAGACAUAUAAACGAACAAAAUUGUUUCCACUUUGAUUUUCUUCACGUUUUACUCUGUUUGAUAUAUAUAUGUCAAACGGAUCAUGUAGAUUUGUCAGUUUAUAUGAUAAAUGUUGCUAUCUACGUUCGUGGUUGACACAAAGACAGGUAAAAUCCAUAGGAAGUCCUGUUCUAUCUCAUCUUGUUGAUUCAUAAUGGUCACUUGGUAGAUAAGAACAAUGCAAUCAAGAUUAUUCAUAGUAUGCUAUCUAUUCUUACGAAAGGUAUUUGAAUUCGUUUUUUACACUUAGCGGAAACUGUGGGAAUUCAAGCUAAGAAUCCUAGUCAUUGUAUUCAAAAGAAGUUUGUACAUCAAUUUGUCAGGAAAUACUUAAUAAGCAACUUUAUCACUAAAAACUUCCCAUCUCCUUUUUUAUUCUUCAUCCUUUUCAUAUACUUACUGUAUUUACUUCGACUUUUUUUAUCCACUUACCUCAUCCUUCAUUAUAACUUAAUUGUUGAUCCAUUUUGAUCAUCAGAGUGUCUACAUUUCCAUGCUGCUUUCUUGAUUCGUAUAAUCAUUAUCAUGUAUGUUACAACUACUUUAUUAGAAGACAUAAUGGAAAAAUACUGUUUUCAGUUAGCUCACAUCAGGCGAAGGCAGAGAUAAAGGGUGCGCAAGCGUUUUUUGCAUGCAGAAAUCAGGUUUGGUUUCUCCAUUUCCCGCAGCCUUCGCUGUAUGUAAUGUGCGAGUGCAGAUUGAGUUCGAAAGAUUUUGCGGAAUGCGAUAAAUGGUUUUGAAUGUGGUCAUAUAAUAGACAAGACCAAAGCGUUCAAAAUCAUUUAUCGCAUUCCAUAAAAUCUUUCGAAUGAAAUUCGCCCUCUCAUACUUCAAAUAGCUGAGGCUAUGGGACUUGGAGAAAUCAAACCUAGUCUUCGUGUACAAAAGAAGUUUUUGCAACCCUUAGCCAGAGAAAACCUAAUGAAUGACUUCAAAGAUAAAUUCAAUUUUCAUCCUCUUCCUCUUUCUUCACCCCUUUCACAUAUACUUAUAUUCUUAGACUUUGAUUGUCUACACAUUUCACCCUUUAGUAUUACGUAACCUUCAUUUUUGUAAGUUUUAACUUGCAUUGGUUGUCUAAAUGUUUGGAGUACCAUCCUGUCCUCACUCUUCUUAUCAUUAUUAAUGUUAUUAUUUAAAUAUCUACUACUUGCAUACUUCAUUUUCUAGUUACCACAGGCUAAAGAAUCCACCAUGAUUGGCUUAGUGUUUUCUUUUCCUAUAUUUGAGAAAAUGUAUGUAUAUUAGCAUAGAGCCUGAUGAGAGUUAGUUGAAAACAAUAUUGUUAGCUUAAAUGUCUUCUAAUUUUCAUAGAGGGAAUUUCUAACUUUAAUCAUCGGUGGUGUAGUGGAUAACGCGCUGGCGUUUGAAGCGAUCGCUCCCGAGUCCGAGUCCCAGUGGGAACAACAUCACUCACUGAGAAGCAGGUACAUCCAGCUGACGAGUCCCAAAUAGGACAAAAUGCGCAUCCUGGAUUCCACUGCUAGCCACUGCCUAUCAUUACUAAACAUAUUUAAUCAUCACUUUUAUUAUUUUUAAUUUUAUAACUAUCGUUAUUUUAAAACAUUUAUCAAGCUAACCAACUACUCUACAUGAUUGGUUUGAUUGUUCUAUAUAUUCAGCUAUUUAUACUAAAGUAAAGGCUGAAGAGGAUCUAGUUG